GUCUGUGAGACCCCUGUGUUCUUCUUUUCAUGAUGGGAGACGAGGUGUUGGGUAUGAUUGCGAUUCAUGUGGAUGACAUUCUGUAUGCAGGAAUUGAGAGGCUUGCCAAGAUGGUUGUGGAAGCGCUAGGUGACUCUCUCCCCACGAAGAAUUUGGGCGAGGUCAGGUUCUUUCUUGGUUGCGCAUUCGUUCGCGACCGCGAGGCUGGUACGAUUGAGAUGUCUCAAGAGAGUUACAUCAGGAGUGUUCUUGAGAGAUUUAAUGUUUGUCGCACCAGCUCGAUCCCAGCUUCCCUUGCUAACGAUUACAGAGUAGACUUUGUUGCGAUGGGUGACGGUGUAAAAGAGGCUCUGUUUGUCAACGGAAUGCUCGAGUUGUUGAGGCCCAGUGAUAGAACCGGUAAGAUUCAGGUACGAGAGGACAACGAGGGUGCGAUUGUACUUGCUGAGAAUCCACUCAGUUCGUGUAACAGGAAGCACAUUGACGUGAGGCACCAUUUUCUCAGGAAUUUGGCAGAGGAGGGAGUGUUGGAAAUCAGGCAUGUCUCUAGCGAAGGGCAGCAUGCGGACAUUCUGACGAAGGCUCUGCCGAGAGAUCUUUUUGGAAGUUCAUCGUAGUUUUGCUCUAGGCUCGAGAUCUGCGAAGUAGAGGUCUGAGUCGUUUCAAAUGACCGGACUGUCGUUUUGAGAAACAAAUAUACACACAGAAAGACUACCCGUUCGAGGUAUAACUACACUCGAAGGGGAUGUGUUGAAGUCUUUACAGUGAGUAGAGGAAAACCAGCUGGGUACUUGACUUAUUUCGAGUUUGUUUAAGCCUAUACACUGAUGAUUUAUAUCAGUGAUACCAGUUGGUGCUUAGCACAAAAACAUCUGCGUAGGUACAUUUACAUGUGGCCUGCACAGGGAACACGGCGCAAUAUGUCAUGUUGACAGUAGUUGCUGGUUUAAUUUAGAAAAAUACAUAUAUUAGGAAAAACAAAUAUGCACACAGAAAGACUACCCGUUAAACACAUAAAAGCUCCCUGUUCGAGCGAAAUUCAUAGUCGUUCGAGGGGGGCUUUUUACAGCAGUAUUUAGGAAAAACAAGUAUACGUGCAGAAAGGCUACAGCAGUAUGCAAUAACCGACAUACGUUAGUUUAUCUAUUUACUACAAAGUACUGUUUAUUAUAGCAGUAGUUGUUGUACCUAUUUGAAAAACAAAUAUACACUAGUCUAAUUAUUUAUUUUAU